CUGCACCAGCUGGUCGAUAUUUUCACCUCCAGUCAGCGCGUGGUGGCGUUCACAGGAGCAGGCAUCUCCACUGCAGCAGGCGUGCCGGACUUCCGAGGGCCCUCGGGCAUAUGGACGCUGCAGCGGCGGGGGCAGAGCCUGCCGAGCAGCAUGAAGGCAUUUGGGGAUGCAGUGCCGUCGCUCACGCACAUGGUGCUGCUGCACCUGCUCAGACUCGGCCGCGUGCACUGCAUGCGUGCGCGGGGGUGCCGCGCACCCAUCUGGUGGAGCUGCAUGGCAGCUGCUUCCGGGAGCUCUGCCACCGCUGUGGGGCCGAGUACCAGAGGGCGUUUGAGCUGGAGAGCAUCGGGCAGAAGGCGACUCGCCGGCGCUGCACGUCUGUGGCGUGCGUGGCGCUGGGCACGGCUCCUCGCCUCAGGGACUCCGUUCUCGACUGGGAGGACGCGUUGCCCCCCUCGGAGCUGGAGCGUGCAGAGGACGAGUGCUCCAAGGCUGACCUCGUGCUCUGCCUCGCCACCAGUCUGCAGAUAACCCCAGCGGCCAACCUUCCCCUGCGAGCGCUGCGCAAUGGGGGGCGCAUGGUCAUUGUCAACCUCCAGAAAACCCCCAAGGACAAGAAGGCAUCGCUCGUCAUUGCAUCCCGGGUGGAUCAAGUCAUGGCUCACCUCAUGGCCUCUCUGCGUCUCACCAUCCCUCCUUUCCACCGCACCUACUCUCUGCACAUCCGCCACUGCCUAACACCCACUCAACCCCGAGGCAAGGGCAAAGCCAAGAAGCAUGCAGCAGCGGCACACCCACCAGAGUUCACAAAUAGGUGGAAGCUGAGUGUUGCAGUGGAGAGCACUCUGGGGGCCCUCGCACCCCUGCCAUCGCUAGACUGCAUUCAGGUCUCCUUCCCUGAAAGCUGGCCGUUGGAUGAGCUCACCCUCUCAUCCCCACCGUACACUUUCAACAGGACCUUCAAACUGCAGAUGCAGCAGGCGGAUAGGGAGGAGGGAGAGGGUGAGAAACAGCAGCAGCAGCAAGGCACGACCCCAUUGGGAGCCAUCAGUUUCACGUUCAACUUCUCCCAGGGCUAUGAAUGCGACCCUAUCACCAUCCAUCAUGCCAUCGCUCCUUGUCCUUAUCAAGAGCCAGCACCCACGGCAACGCAGGGCGAAGAGCAUUCCGUGACAUAUAACACCACAUCGCCACCACCACCGGUUCCCAUACCACCGGUUCCCAUGCCACCUGCUGUGCCGGAACUAACACUGGGAUCCGCAGCUGCCUCACCUGAAGGAAAAGCAAUGCCUGUUUCACUACCUGCAGCACCAGCAGCAGCGGCAGCAGCAGCAGCAGGAGCAGGACCAUCAGGAGAGCCAGAAUCCGCAGUACCAAGUGCAGCAAGCGGCUUGGCUGAAGCAGAAUGCACUUUCUGGGAAGGAAGGGCGGUGGGGAGUGUGCGAGUGCUUGAGCAAGCAGCAGGGGGGCAGCACGCAGAGCAACAAGGGGCACACGGGCAUAGCAGCAGCGGUAACCACACGGAGCAUGGCAGCUUGGAAGCAAGGCUGGAUGUCUCUCCACCAUCAAGCUCUGCCCAUGUACAGGCAUGCAACGGACUCUUAGAAAAUCCGGAGCAGGGUUCAGGAUUGCAGAAAGGGACGGGUCCUAUGUGGCAUGUGGUGGGCUAUGAGAUGCUGACAGCUGUCGUUCGGUACACAGUCAAUGAAGUGAAGAGACACAGGAAUGACUCCCUCAGUAAGCCCCAGCUCAUCUGUCCCUCUGCUGCCAAUCCUCUGUUGCUGCCACACAACAUGCCCCUGUUGUCUGCUUAG